AGGAGAGUGGGACGGGGAGGGUCACCGCGCGUCCGAUGAAUCGCCUCGUCCGUCAGCUUUGAGCAACUUGUUGCGCAGCUGCUAUUUCUCACCUCCUCUGCGGUCCAGCGCUGCGCAGGGAUAGACGCGGUUUUUUGUGCUCCAUCGGCUCCGCGGUGGCGUUUUCUGUGACGGGAGACAGAUGGAUGAGGCGGGGGCUUCCUCCCGCGGACCCGUGCCAUCGUGUUUUUUUGUCCGGGAGCGGAUUUUUCGAGUCGCUUUAAUGUGACCUCAGGAGACAUGCGAUGCGGAUCAUGAGCUGGACGCGUCCUUGCCACGGACUGGACUGGAGCCACAGCCUCUUCUACCUGACCUUACUCCUGUGGACCAGGCGCAUGAGUGGACUGGCUGACUUUUCAAACUACCUGUCCAGGAUCAUCACCAGCCACUCCGCUCAUGCGUGCGACGGCCAGCCUCUGCGACUCCACUGCCCACGUCACUCCACCAUCUCCAUCCAGUCUGCCUUCUACGGGAGCGGCGCGGCGAGGCUGUGCGGCGCAGACCCUCCGCUCGGAGCCCACAACCACAGCUGUUCUGCUUUUACUGCUCUACAGAAGCUGCUGUCCGAGUGUCAGAGCCACAGAGACUGCCAGCUGCCUGUCACCCACCUGCUGUUCGGGAAGGACCCCUGCCCUGGCACUAGCAAAUACCUCCAUGUGGACUACAAGUGUAAACCAACUGAACACAAAAGACAUGUGGUGUGCGAGGGGGGGACGAUGAUCCUGCGCUGUAAGCCCCCCAAGGUUCUGAACAUCUAUGCAGCUGUCUAUGGGAGAAGUCUGGGCCAGACUGACACCUGCCCCUCACACCUGACAAGACCACCCCCAUUUGAGUGUCUGAACCACGACGCUGUACACUUGGUGUCCAAGUCCUGCUACAGCAAACAGAAGUGUGUUGUUGCUGUCAGCAACCAGACCUUCAGGGACCCCUGCUUUCCAGGAACCAGGAAGUACCUCAGCGUGAUGUAUUCCUGUGUACCACAGACUUUACUAAGGGAGGCAGACCCUUACAUAUUCAGCUCCACCUCACCUCCCACUGUGCACACAGACAAGGCUCCUCCUUUAGAUCUGGAGGAGCCUUUAUCCAAAGGGUCAAAAAGGCCUGACAACUCAGGAGCCAUGAUGAGCAACUCUCUCCUGACCUACGCCUACAUCAAAGAGCACGCAGAAAUGGCAGCGCUGCUGUUCACCUCCAGCGUGUGUGUCGGCCUGCUGCUCACGCUGCUGGCCGUGUCGGUCCGAGUGACCUGCAGAGGGCGCCGGCUCAGAGGUCACAGACUCGCACCCAAGUCUCUCAGCCAGGCCGUCGACUGCCAGGAGGAGGAGGACGACGAGGACGAGGACGAGGACGAGGACGAGGACGAAGAUGACGAAGAAGGAACAGAAAGGUCUUUGAUCUCAGCCGCAGAAAGGAAGGCGGUGGAUGGCUGGGAGGAAGUGACUUAUGUGAGCGAGGCGGCCGAACGCGCCGAGAGGAUUGAGCGCAGGGAGAUGAUCAUACAGGAGAUAUGGAUGAACGCCUACCUGAAUGGCAGCUCAUGUUAACAGUGACGCUUGGAUGCUGUUCAGCACCUUCAGGAUUUUUUUCAGGAUUCUCUGCAGCAGUCCCCGCCCCCUUUGACCCUCAACAGAACAACUGACUUUGUGUUUUUUUACAUUGUAGAGCAGUCUUAUGUGUAUUUUGACAUGCUUUGCAGAACCCUGCAGCUUGUGAAGAAUGAAAUGUUUGGGUGAAACUGCAGCACUAGCCAUUUU